UGAAGCUGCAGCAGCUCGGCGAUCGUCGGUCGCCGGUCUGGCGUGCAGGUCUGGGCUGCUCUGCUCCGUGUCACCGCGCUUACGCUGAAGCCGACCCGACCCCGGCACCUCUUGCGGCCUACAGAUGCGCCCACAUCUCGCUGCCGCUGCUCCCCGGGAGGCUCGACGCGAGCGCUGUUUCCGACGGGGCAGCGCUCCUCCCGGGCGGGCUCACCGCGAGGCCCCUCCGCAGGCAGUCCUGGAGCCAUCUGUGUGUCAGGUGCCAGUGACCUUCAGAGAUGUGGCCAUGUACUUCUGCAGGGAAGAAUGGGAGUGCCUCAGCCCCAGCCAGAGAACCCUCUACCGGGAAGUGAUGCUAGAAAACUUUAGGAACUUCAUUGAACUGGGAUACUGUGGCCCUAGACCAGACCUUAUUUCUCAUCUGGAACAGUGGGAUGAACCAUGGGUUGAAGAUCAGGACAUACCUAAGUUUCUAGAAGCACGAAAAGGUGUCUGCUCAGGAGGCAGAAAGUCUGUAGAUCAGAAGAGACCUUGUGAUCUGGCUUCAGCUCAUGAGAGGGCCCAUCCUCGGAUGGGAGCCAAGAGAGGGGCUACCAUGAGGAAGAGUGUCCUGACAGCGGGUAAGGUGCACCUUCCUAGAGAUACCUCUGGGAAGAAAGUGGACAAACAGAAAGCUUUCCAGGACCAGCUGUGUGGGAAAUCCUACAGGAAGCAGCUAGGCCUCAAGGAACAGUGCAAGAGUGGUGCAGAGGGACAUCCCUUCAUCUGUGGCACAUGUGGGAAGGCACUGAGCUGCCACAGCCGCCUGGCUGCUCACCAGACAGUGCACACUGGAACCAGGUCCUUUGAGUGCUUUGAGUGUGGCCAGACAUUCCGCUGGGUUUCAAACCUUCUUCGCCACCAGAGGAAUCACACAAGUGAAAAGCCCUUCUGCUGUGAGGUAUGUGGACAGGCCUUCAGCUUGAAGGACCGCCUGGCACAGCAUCGCAAAAUCCACACUGAGCACCGUCCAUAUGUGUGCAGUGACUGUGGGAAGGCCUUUAAACAGAAGUCAAACCUCCUCCGCCACAAACUUGUUCAUACUGGAGAGAGGCCGUUCUACUGUGACAACUGUGGGAAGGCCUUUCGUACUAAAGAGAACCUCAGCCACCACCAGCGGAUUCACAGUGGAGAGAAGCCCUAUACCUGUGGCCAGUGUGGGAAGGCCUUCAGGUGGCCCAAGGGCUUCAGCAUCCACCAGAGGCUGCACUUGACAAAGAGAUUCUAUGAGUGUGAGCACUGUGGGAAGGGCUUCCGCCACCUGGGCUUUUUCACAAGGCAUCAGAGGACUCACGGGCGUGGAGAAGUAUAGAGGCGUCUGUGGGUAGCUGGGCCCUCCAUGUUCUGGGCCUUGGAAGAACUGCAACAGGUGCUCUCAAGCGUAGAAGCCAUGUGGUCCUCAAAUGAACGGUUUGUAGCUUCCCGAGUCUGCAGAAGUUUUGCCAGGAAGGGCAAAUUAACACAGGGAAGGGGAUCUGAAGUAUGCAGGCAGAGUGGGCAACAGCUGUCCUUAGUGCCACUUGUGUGCACUUUAACUUCUUUCUCUUCUAGCUCUUUCACCAUGUCUUCUUUUUGUAGGAGGGAGGUUUGAGGCUUGAGCAGCAGUAAAGCUUACUCUUGGAACUGACAAGAUGGCCCAGUGCAGUAGGCAAAGGCACUUGCUGCAAAGCCUGAGAACCCAAGUUUGGUUCCCAGGGACCCACAUAGUCGGAGGAGAGAACCAAAUGCCGUAAGUUGUUCUCUGACUUUCUGAAGCACAUGUGUGCAUACAGACACACGAUAAAUAAAUAAAUGAAAAUAAAAAACCUCUUCAACCCCAACAGGUGGCCAUAGAAACCAAUACCCUUUUUAAAGGGCUACCUAGUAGACUCAUACUGGGGUACCUAGUGUUUGGGCAUGUGUGAAAGCAGCAACAAACUGUACAAGACCACAUGGGUGGCAGAAGUUUGUUAAAGCGUCCUCAGCACUGUUUCUGCAGCAGCUUAUUCAGCUAGAGAUACUGGAUCUUUGGUUGUAUUUAUUUGGUUUCAUUAAAGUGUAACCGGAAGGUUAUUUCCCAA